GCAUGAGGCGGGCUGGCGGCGUCCCGGGAGCAAUGGAGCGGGACCGGGGAGAGUUGGUGUCUGCCUUCUGCCACAAAACUUCGUCUUUGGAGCGGGUGGAGGAGGAAGGCGAUGACGAUGAGGAUGAUGAUGAAUUGGACAUCUUUGGGGGUUAUGACAGCCUCACAUGCUACAACAGCAGCAUGGGCAGUGACAGCAGCUCCUGUCUGGAGGAGUCUAGCGAUGAUGAGGUGGCAGACCGGGAAGCUGGAGAACUUUCGACCUCUCCAAUGCACCAGCCAUCCACAGGCCGGCUCACAGAAGACAGUGGCUCCGAGCCAGCUGUGUGCGAAAUGUGUGGGAUUGUGGGCACCAGGGAGGCUUUCUUCUCCAAGACCAAGCGUUUCUGCAGUGUCUCCUGCUCCAGAAGCUACUCCUCAAAUUCCAAAAAGGCCAGCAUCCUGGCCAGACUGCAAGGGAAACCACCAACAAAGAAAGCUAAAGUUCUGCACAAGGCAUCCUGGUCAGCCAAGAUUGGGGCCUUCCUCCAUUCGCAGGGCACGGGACAGCUGGCGGAUGGGACACUGACCGGUCAGGAUGCACUCGUCCUGGGCUUUGACUGGGGAAAGUACCUGCAGGAGCACGGCUACAAGGCAGCUCCUGUCAGUUGCUUCAAACACGUGCCACUCUUCGAUCAGUGGGAUGAUGUGGUGAAAGGUAUGAAAGUGGAAGUGCUGAACAGCGAUGCUGUGCUCCCCAGCCGCGUGUACUGGAUUGCAUCCGUCAUCCAGAUUGUAGGAUACAGGGCCCUUCUGCGAUAUGAAGGCUUUGAGAAUGAUGCUGGUCAUGACUUCUGGUGCAAUUUGGGCACAGUGGAUAUUCACCCCAUUGGCUGGUGUGCCAUCAACAGCAAAAUCCUGGUACCACCACAAACUAUCCAUGCCAAGUACACUGACUGGAGAAGUUACCUCAUGAAAAAACUGGUGGGAGCUAGGACCAUCCCAGUGGAUUUCCACAUGAAGAUGGCAGAGAGCAUGAAGUACCCAUUCCGUCAGGGCAUGCGGGUCGAGGUGGUGGAUAAGAACCAUGUGUCCCAGACACGUAUGGCAGUGGUGGACACAGUGAUUGGGGGCAGACUGAGACUCCUCUAUGAGGAUGGUGAUAGUGAUGAUGACUUCUGGUGCCACAUGUGGAGUCCCCUCAUCCAUCCUGUGGGCUGGUCACGGAGAGUGGGCCAUGACAUAAAGAAAACAGAAGAAAAACGUAAUGACAUGGCAAACCAUCCCACCUUCCGGAAGAUUUACUGUGAUGCUGUCCCCUAUCUGUUUAAGAAGGUACGAGCGGUCUAUUCUGAAGGCGGAUGGUUUGAAAGAGGCAUGAAACUGGAAGCCAUUGACCCCCUGAAUCUGGGCAACAUCUGUGUGGCCACUGUUUGCAAGGUUCUCUUGGAUGGGUAUCUCAUGAUCAGUAUUGAUGGAGCAACAUCUGAUGAUGGCUCUGACUGGUUCUGCUAUCAUGCCUCCUCACAUGCCAUCUUCCCUGCCAACUUCUGUAAGAGGAACAACAUUGAGCUGACCCCUCCAAAAGGGCAUGAUGCAAAGACAUUCAGCUGGGAACGUUACCUGGAAGAGACAAAAUCAAGACCUGCUCCAUCACGGCUCUUCAACACAGACUGUCCAAACCAUGGCUUCAAGGCAGGCAUGAAGGUGGAGGCAGUGGACCUGAUGGAACCCCGGCUCAUCUGUGUGGCCACAGUGAAGCGUGUAGUCCAGCGUCUCCUUAGCAUCCAUUUUGAUGGCUGGGACAAUGAGUAUGACCAGUGGGUGGACUGCGAGUCUCCAGACAUCUAUCCUGUUGGGUGGUGUGAGCUGACAGGCUACCAGCUUCAACCACCAGUGGUUCCAGAGCCCACAACUCCAGCGAAGGCCAAGGAGGUGCCCAGGAAGAAGAAGAAACCCUAUGGAAAGAAGAGAAAAAAGUUACCUGCCAAAGCCCGCAAUGUCAAGCAGACUGUCAAGAAGCCUUCUGCCACGAAUUCAAAAAGAGAAGCAAAAGCUGCCAGCCAGGCUUUGCCAGAACCAGCACCUGAUGAGAUCAUUGCUGUGCGGGUGAAAGAAGAAACCAUUGAUCCUUCAGAUGCAGAAUUUGGAGAGACAGAGCUUCCUGUUCCCAUCAACAGCAUAAAGCAGGAGGACACAGACUGAUCUGGAGCAUUCCCCAGCCACCCACAGCGGUUUUACCUUGUGGCUCUUUAGGGAAGGUCCUGGCAAAGGGAAAUGGGACCAAAAGGGCCUUCCUUUUGUAAAGCAGACCACCCUGCAGCAUCACAGCUCUGCUUUCCUGGUGUGCAAGAAAAUUUCCCCUAGAUUUGUAAUAUUAAGCUCUGGGAAACAGCAGAAAGACUGCAGGCUUGCUGAGGAGCAUGACCAGGGUGGCUGCUGUGGUUGUGCAUGCCUGAUUUUGAAGGCACCUUUUGGAGCAGGAGCUCAAAACAGGGAAAGAGGCUGCCAGGGCACAAAAGGCCAAUUUGUGUUCUUGGCUGUGGCUGGAGAUGACGAGCUGCUGUCCAGUGCAGGACGUAUCAGGAAAGGAGCUGCCCCCGUAGGACUUCGGUGCUGUGCUCUCUGGUCUAAGCACUGCGAACCCCAAGAAAAUCAGGACAGGAAGAGUGGAAAGAGGUGAAGAAACAAAAAGAGAUGAUGGUGCCUGCUGAAGAAGUGAGACCUUUUUCAUAGAAUCAUAGAAUGGUUUGGGUUGGAAAAGGACCUUAAGAAUCUCAAGAUCCUCAUCUAGUUCCAAUACCCCUGCUGUGGGCAGGGACACCUUCCACUAAACCAGGUUGCCCAGAAACCCAUCCAGCCUGGCCUU